UUAUAUAUUUUCGUCUACUGCUGGAGAGUGACAGAGUUCCACAUGAACGAAGAAUGACGGAGCUCUUUUGAACCGUAAAAUAUAAUAUUAUGUGAUUCGAUUCCCUCGAACAAUCUCUGCAAAUGGCUAACUCAGUCUCUUUAAACACUGACACCAAGUUCAUUCAAACCAUUUCUGCAAUUGUACUCAAGGGUCACUGGGCUAAACUCUUGAAACCCAAUAUCGUUUCAUCUCUCUCUACACCAGCCAUUCACAAGGUCCUUCUAGAUCUCUCUCUGUACACUAACGCUCCUUCCAUCUCGUGGUCAUUCUUCAAAUGGAUUGAAUCAGCAUUGCCCAAUUACAAACACUCUUUGCAGUCUUCUUGGAUUAUGAUUCAUUUAUUAACAAAACAUAAACACUUCAAGACUGCACAGAACCUGCUUGAGAAAAUUGCUUAUAGAGACUUUUUAUCCAGUCCGUCGGUUUUGAAUGCUUUAGUGAAAGUUCGUGAUGACCCAGAUGGGAAUUCUCAUGUUUUGAGUUGGUUGGUGAUAAUUUAUGCUAAUACGAAGAUGACUACUGAGGCUGUACAGGUGUUUGACCAAAUGAGGGUUCAUGGUUUAAGGCCUCAUUUGCAUGCUUGUACUGUGUUGUUGAGUUCUCUGGUGAAAGAUAGGUUGACUGAUAAGGUAUGGAAAGUGUAUAAGAAGAUGGUUAAACUUGGAGUUGUUGCUAAUAUUCAUGUGUAUAAUGUUUUGGUUCAUGCUUGUUGCAAGUCAGGUGAUGUUGAGAAAGUGGAGAAGUUGUUGAGUGAGAUGGAAUUUAAGUGUGUGAAACCUGAUUUGUUUACGUAUAAUACGUUGAUUGCUUUGUAUUGUAAAAAGAGUAUGCAUUAUGAGGCUUUGUGUGUUCAAGAUAGGAUGGAAAGAGAAGGGGUGACUCCGGAUAUUGUCACGUAUAAUUCUCUUAUUCAUGGGUUUUCUAGAGAGGGUAGAAUGAGAGAGGCUGUGAGGCUGUUUAGGGAUAUUAAUGGUGCUACUCCUAACCAGGUCACUUAUACUACUUUGAUUGAUGGUUAUUGCAGAGUGAAUGAUCUGGAAGAAGCUUUGAAACUACAGGAGGAAAUGGUGGUUAAAGGAUUGUAUCCUGGCGUUGUUACUUAUAAUUCUAUUUUGCGCAAGUUGUGUGAAGAAGGUAGGAUAAGAGAUGCAAACAGACUCUUAAAUGAGAUGAGUGAUAAGAAUGUUGAACCAGAUAAUGUCACAUGUAACACUCUUAUUAAUGCUUAUUGUAAGAUAGGCGAUAUGGGGUCUGCAUUGAAAGUGAAGAACAAGAUGCUUGAGGCUGGAUUGAAGCUAGACCAAUUUACUUACAAGGCAUUGAUCCAUGGAUUCUGCAAGGCUCAGGAUAUGGACAGUGCUAAGGAACUCUUAUUUGGCAUGCUUGAUGCUGGGUUUGCUCCUAGUUAUUGCACCUACAGUUGGCUUGUUGAUGGUUAUUGCAAAAAGUGCAAUGAUGGGGCAGUAAUUAAACUUCUGGAUGAAUUUGUGGGAAGAGGUGUUUGUGUUGACAUCUCCGUGUAUAGAGCACUAAUAAGGAGGUUUUGUAAGAUAGAAAAGCUUGAUUGUGCUCAACAUGUAUUCAGUCUUAUGCAAAAAAAUGGUAUAGCUGGGGAUAGUGUUAUUUAUAUUAGUUUGGCAUAUGUGUACUGGAGAGCUGGAAAAGCAAAUGCCACUUUAGAUAUGUUAGAGGAAAUGUAUAGGAGAAGGUUAAUGAUAACUCUGAAACUUUACAAGUGUUUCAAUGCUUCUUAUGCUAAUGACAACAAUAUUUUGGGUCUCUUUUGGAAUCAUGUUGUUGAAAGAGGCCUAAUGUCAAAAAAUAUUGUAAAGGAAAUGCAGCAGAUGAAUUUAUACACAUGAAGGAAAUCUGGGAAUGUCAACAAAGUUGGAGUCUUAUAAUUUCAAUGCAUUGAAAAGGUGAUCAAGCAUGCACAGCCUCUUUGUUACAAUAAGUCAUUAGUUAGCAUGGAUUGGAACCAGCAGAUGGUGGAAUGUUCCAAUUACAGUUCUUUUCUGUCCAAAAUCAAGUGACAUGCAAGUUCUGAUAAGGUGAAUUGUAAUCUGGCAAAUGUGGAUUGAUUUAUAGCUGAUAUUUGGGGGUCAAUUUUUAAGAGUAUGGAUUUUUCAGUGGGUCAUGGAAUCAUCUUAACAAGUGAUGAGGAACAGGCAGUGAAAAGGUGACUGUAUAUUGUAAGGUACUGAUCCAUGGGUUCUGUAAGGUGUGGAAGAUGGACAGUGCUAAAGAGCUCGCAUUUGACCUGUUUGUGCCAGUUUUCCCAGAGUUGAUGGUUGCUGCAACAAAUGCAGUGAAGAAGCAGUGAUAAACUCUGGCCCAAUUAGUUUUAGAUAAAUAUAUUUGUUGUGACAUCCUCUGGUUCUGAAUUGUACACCUUAAAAUACUUAUAACAGAGUCAGCAAUUAGCUAUCUCACGAUGUUAAAGAUAAGACAAUAAUGGAAUUAGAGAAGGCAGCAUAGCCUAAAAGGCAAAGCUUCAGGAAUGUGGCUGUUUAGCUUUGAACCUUAAACUUCGUUGGAGCCUUGGCCUUCCUGCUUGUAUGUACUAGUGUUCUGCAGAAUACUUUCCCAGCAAUGUCAUUGCUGCAAUUGGAAUCAGAUGGAAGUUCAACCUAGUAAUUGUCUGGUCUAGACUUGAGAAUCUUAGAUGUGAUUCUCUAAUUAUUUCUUAAAAAUAAAUGUUAUUCAAAGAAAUGGAGAGAUUGACUUCAGGGGAUGGUAUUACAGAAUAUGCUAAGAUGUUGAGGGGACUAAUUCAGAGUGACGAGGUUUUUUUUUUUAAUUUACCAUUGUUCCAUUGAAGUGACAGAAUAUGCUAGAGGGAAGUUUAUUUAAGGGAAAUUAAUUUAAAUGGCCUUUCCUUUUUACA